AUGGAGCUGUUCGAAGGCCCUCUUUCGGACUUGGAAGAGACCGGCUCGGGUCAGGAGAGGGACUCCACAAAGGGCAAGAGCCACGCCAUACGUGCAGAGAGUAAAGAUGCAAUUGAUGUGUAUCACCCUGUUGAUGAACUCCCUGAAGAUCCAUCGCCACCUCCCUCUGACGUCGAUGCUGAAGAGGAAGAAGAGGUGUUGGAGGAAAAUGAAGAGCUCACAACCAAGCACGACGGCUGGGAAGAUGACUCCACGCCCCGCAAUGCGUUCGUCGGCGGUGGUGCGAACUCAAAGGCGUUUCGAAAUCUAUUGCGGCGUGCACCUUCUCCACUACUGCUUCCGGUGGGCAGCCUCUUGACCUGGCCUAAAUGGUGA